GGACGCAAAUAUUCGGACUCUUCUUCGAUCCCUUUACUUCACCUCACAUUUGAUUUAUCGACGGAAUAUAAGCUCGACGUUAAUAAGUGCUCAUCACAAUUGAACAAAUAUAAGCACCUAGUUGACUUAAUCUGUGGCUACACUGCAGCCGAUUAGAUCAGACCAAACGAGACCAGACCGUAUCAGUAGUGUAUCGACCUUACGGACUUAUAAAAACGGUAUAUAACUUCCGUCUGAAGAAACGCGCCUUCACUGUCACGUAAAGGAGAAUGGACUCGUGGCGCCAUCUGACAACGGUCGAGCGAAACUCAACCCGAUCACCGACCGUGGCUGUCGGUUUGGUUUACACCUCGGCCCCUUCUUCCUUGCGAGCGUGUAUGAGCCGUGGUGCUGCUACGUGCUGCACCCAGCUGCGCCGUGCUACCCUGCGCUCGAUCCAGGGCUGAUUCGGUGAGGUUCGGAAGACCACUCGCUCCAAAGACCUUCGAAUUACGUGGAAUUAAGAGCCAACCCUGUGAAAUGCGGUAUCACAGCUACGGUCGUCUGGCGUGAAGCAGCUUAUCGUGACCCGUGAAUGUUGGCAGCGUCGGAUAUUGAGAACGGUUUUAAACAGAAGUCUAUUAAAUGGGGAAAUUUAAAAAAAGACCGGAUUUGGUGCACUGUAGCCAGUCUCAAAAUGUUCUGCGUAACUUAAUGCUUAGAGAUUGCGGCCUGCGUACAACACAUAAGAGCAGUACUCGAGAAUUGGAACCAAUUGCGGAGAUGAACCUUGUUCUAAAGGAUCAUAAGGAACUUAUAUGUGAUUUACCUGGUGUUCCACGGGCAACAUUUUUAAUGGUGUUUAGUCCUGAUGGGACAAAAGUUGCAUCUACCCAUGGUAACCAUAACAUCUAUAUAACAGAUUUGAUGACUGGCAAGAAUAUUAGAACUUUAUCAGGUCAUCCACGAACUCCAUGGUGUAUUGCUUUCCAUCCAUCGUCAAGUGACAUACUAGCUUCAGGUUGUUUAGGUGGUCAAGUUCGUGUUUGGGAUCUUAGUGGUGGCAGUGAAGUAUGGAAUGCUGAGAGUCAAACGGUUAUAGCAUCUCUUGCUUUUCAUCCCUCGGAACGUUUACUCGUUAUAGCUACAUAUAAUGAGAUUCACUUUUGGGACUGGAGUCGCUCAGAACCAUUUGCAGUUACUAGUACGAGAAAUGAUAAGGAAAAAGUUAGGUAUGUGGCUUUUGAUAACAUGGGAAGAAAGUUAAUUACUGGUAUAUCCAAUGCACCACAACUACAAUCUCAGUGGGAUCGACCACCAAUGGAACAGUCUUUCAGCACUUUCGUAAGACUUAGAAGGGAAAGGGCUCAAGACCUUGAAAACUAUCCUCGAACCGGAUUUCAUCUGUGGGGCAACGACUAUUAUAGUAGAGAAAUUUCAAGAUGGAGAGAUGGAACAAACGAAUGGAAUUCACGCAAUUCUGAUUAUUGGCUUCGCGAUCGACGGAAUCCUCCUGCACCUCCAACAGAAAAUAGGUCGAGUUCUAAUCGGCACGUGGAUAACAGUAAUAGUGAGGAUGAAGAACACCGAAGCCGCUUUAGGUCCGACCUCUAUCAACGGUUAGAUAAUAUGUGGGCUGAAAUGGAUGAGAGACUAGAAGGUGUUAAUACACAUGACAUCGAAAGAAGAAUUAACUCAUGUUAUAGAAAUUUGGUUGAUCAAUAUCAGGCUCUUGUGAAUCGGUACUAUGAUACUUCCAGAAAUCGAGAUACGAUGGAUAGAGGCACCGAUCCUAUGGACAUGCCAGAAUCUUCUGGAGCGCAAUCGGAUGAAACCCGCGAAACUAUUAGAAAUGAACCUGGAACAGCGGCAUUCUUUCGAACACUGAGAAAUGUAAUGAAUUCAACUAUACACAAUAACAAUUCUGGCAUAGAGAGGCCACUGCGAUAUCGACGACGAUUUAUGGAACGUUCAGAACAGGAGGAUACAGGAUUUGCUCUUCAAAACCUAAGAGAGGCUCUUAAUGCCACCGCAGAAAAUAAUAAUGCAUAUCUCGCUAGAUUACAGAAGUUACAUGAACGCUUACAAGCUCACACAUCGACACUUUUUGCACAGACCAACAAUCGCAGUUCCAGGCUGCAAAUGCUCCGAAAUGUUUUAAACAAUAUAGAGGCGCUCAGUAAUAUGGAAGUACAAUUUACGAAUACAAGUUCCAGAAUUGAAAGGCUUCGAGAUGAAUUCAAUAUGUACGUUAUGCUUCGUCGCAAUUCAAAUACUGAAACGGAGCCCAAUGACAUCAGUGCAAACGAGACCGAGUGGCCCGUAGGAAGCAAUGGUCCAUCUACAAAUUCAAGUACCACACUUCCUGGAAACGUAGAUCAACAAUCGACUUUAGAAAUGCAACAAGUUCCAGGAACGUCUGGUAAUAAUUCGUCCUCGAGGUCUGAUCAAUUCGCCCCGUCGACUUCAAAUUCCGCUGCUGGCGAUGCUCUCGAGGAGCAUAAUGUCGAUAGGUCUGCUACAACAAACCGCGAAAGCAGCAGGAAGUGGAACAGGUCAGCUACAAGAUCAGACAGUACGCAGGGCCCUGCAAUGUCCAAUAGAAGACGUUUAGAACCGACUGACACGGAUGACGAACCCCCUGUAAGGAGAAGGCGAAGGGAUAAUUCUCGUCUUUGGUACUCAAGUUACAAUUCUAAUACCCGUACAUGGAGAGAAAUACACGGUGGCAGCUCACCAUCUAGUGAUGAAGGAUACUCAACUGUUCCUCCUCACCCGAGCAUGUCAAACUUCACAGUCUCUUCGCAUUCAGCUUUUCAACCGAGUAUGCCAAGGCCUGUGGCACAGCGAAUAAAUCAGUUGAUCGAUCAGCGGGGAGCAAAUUCUAACGAAAGGAACGAAACCCCAGAAAUGAGUACAAGUGGCCCGACGGGUAAUAUCAAUGUUGAUACAACACCUUACUAUUUUAGAAACAGACCUUUACAACCGAGACGGCCGUUAGAUUCGUAUCAAAGAAAUUUGUACUCAGAUCAUGUUGAACCGGCAGAAAAUUUACCCGAAGAGCCACUGGAUGACGAAAAUGCUGGUGAACAAUCGGAAAAUGGAUAUUGGUUGCUCGAGGAAAAUAGUAACUCAGAUUCAAACGAGGACGAUGUAUUACUUAACGCAAGUACAUCAAGACGAAGAACCAGCCGUUGGGUACGUUUAUAUCCGAAUAGAACUCAAGAAACAUCCAAUGAAGUUUCUGAUGAUCGCUCUCGUGAAAUUUCAACCAAUGCAUUAGAAGAAGGCAACUUGAGAUCCGUUGUGGAUAACAAUGACCCUAUUCACGAUGACUUUUUACCAAAUUCAAGUGCAGCUAUUCGACACAGGCCUAGGCUUGUAAGAUUGUAUACACCUAGUAGGAACGGCGAACUGGAUUCGGAAUUACAUUCAACUAAUGAGAAUUCAUCCUUGGACCAUUUAAGAACAGUACCUGCCGACUCCGUUGAUUUAAACGACUUUGGAAUCGAUACAACGAUUAAUGACAGAAACCAGUUGUCUCCUAUUUCAGUAAAUUUGAGCCGGUAUGAACAACCACCUCUUUUUCCAUUUCGAAGUUUACGUGAAACUCAAAAUAGAAGGAUGGAACGGAAUCAGUUGCCCGUAACAGAAGUCGAAGUUCCUCACUCAAGUGCUGUGGAUAAUGCACACUCUCAAGCAUUGAAUGAACACUUUAUUGAGACUGUUGACGCCGUCUCCGAAAAUGUUGAAAUUCCUUCAAUAGGCCACAAUGUUCCAGAAGUGAGCAAUAUACAAAACGUAGAUAAUUCCGAUCAGGUAUUACGGAAUGACGUGGAAGAAAAUCAAGACGCAGAAACUAACACGUACGAUGCGGGGGAAUUUGAUCCGCGCACAAGUAGUACAGAAACGGUGAACUUCGACAGAAGAACAGAAGAUGAAGGUAUUCGUACGUGGCUUGCCCGGCAAGGUCAAGAGUAUAACGAAGCAGUCGGGCUAAGGCGAGAGGUUCAGUUACUUAGUCGCCACAUUGAUAACAUGCAACGUUUGUGCAGAGCCCGCUUGGAAAUUGUACAAUUGCAACACGUACGCAGGAUGUGGGAGAGUCUUCAACAUCAAAUUCGUUCGCUUCACGUGACUGUACACGUAGAGAGGCAGAAUAACGAUCAGACGCAAUCUCAACCAAGUACGAGUUCUGAUGUAACCGCAAUACCGUCAACAUCGGCGCAAAAUCCCUGCUUUUUUGGCGAAUCCCCUUCAGAGCCUGCAAAAAACUUCAAAAAGGCGCUUCUUGAGAAUUAUAAAAGAGAAAAUAAUGAAACCGAUGACAGUUUAAAGUACGAUCAAAGCCAACCGUCGACGUCGAAAGGGAUCAUAAGGCAUCAAACGAGUAACAAAAAAGGUAGAUCAACCUCUCCAAAAGCAAAUGAAUCCACUGACACCGGUGAAACUUCAACAAAUAUAAGCUUAUCGAAUCUGCUACCGAGUGAAUCCGAAUUAAAACAAAGGCGCCCGCGCACUAUUUCAGAGAUUAUUAAAAGUUUAUGUUCGAAUAACGGUUACGAAAGCCCAAGUUCCAGCAAUCCAGCUCGCAACGCGAAUGCUACCAGCGACCACACCUACUCCAAUUUAACAACUAACGAUAGUAAUGUACAACUUCCCAGUAUAUCAAAUCUUGUAUCGAACAUAGCUGGUAACUUAAGUAUACCAACUACCGCUGCAUCUGCAAGUACACCAUUCUCUGGAGUAUCAAAAAUAACGAAUAGAAUUAGCACAGCUGAUUAUUCUACUUCAGACCAGCUAUCUCAUACCCCGUCUACAUCAAAUGCUGAAUUUCCCGAGAAUACCAACAAUAAUCAAGUACCUCCUGCCUCAUCCAAUCAAUCAGAAAGUUCGAAUUCUGGAGCAUCGUCCGAAUCUCCGACUAGCGAGACCGGUUUACGUGGAAGACCAUAUACCUACCAAAGAGCUUGGCGAUACGGUCGAAGAACUUAUUUGAGGCGUCCAAGAUUGUUGUCCGUCGGACCUCGUAACAUGAAAGGAAGCUCUCGUGUUCAGUCUUUGAAUAAUCCUUUCCGUCAUUAUGAAAACGUUAGAAGGCCUUGGCAUUUACGCAGAAACUCAGUCAGUGAAAGUGGUAGUGAAAGAGAUCGGGUUCAAACAACAACUGAAUCUUUACAAGCAAUGAUCGUCAGAUUGCAGUCAUUGGUCGAUGAACAAAGAGACUUAGCAAGGAAUAACAACGUUGGGAGAGGAUCGGACAGUGAUAGCCAGACUGAAAUUAAUGGAGAUAACAAUGAUAACCAAAUGGAUCACAUAAGAGAAGUUAGGAGAGUACAAGCCCGGCAAACACUAAGCCUAAUGGUUCAACAAAUAACACAAUUCUUUGUAGAAAAUAGACCUGGGAAUGGAUCACAAAGCAACGUACUGUAUGAACAGAUUUUCAAGAUGUAUAUUUUACUUCACCUGGCCCUGGAAUUGACUGAUUUAUUAUUGGCUCAAUUAGUGACUACCAGGCGAGAGCUUGAAUCUAGUCAGUACGGACCCUUUAAUUCUGAUUUAUCCACACAAAAUCCGACUGAGUCUGCCGAGCAACGCUCGAGUAAUGUCGACAACAGUUUACAGACCGAAAGUACUGCCUCUAAUGCAAAUGAGCUAACUACGUCUGGUAACGACACGGAAAGACGCGAUAGCACAAGAAAUCCCGAACAAAAAUGUGCAAACAUUGCUGACGCACUCAAUCAAUGCGUAGCCAAAAUAUUGAGUAAAUUUCCUCGUCGGAAUACCGAAUAUCAGCUUCGCUUCGAUCAGGUUAACGCUAAUACGGCGAGCACUAGCACUGCUAACCAUUCUGUCCAAAUCGGUUCUCAAAAUGAAGGAACUCGGCAACCUAGUCCCUCAGUUGGUCAGAUGUCGUCCGAGAAUGCUCUCUCAGCUGAAGUGCAAAGCAUUGUAGAAAGGAUUCAGAGUGGCAAUUCAAUCCCCAUAGUUGACGAACGUCGUUCAAACCGAUUGGUUGCUACGGAAGGACAAUCAGAAGUGAAUAAUGAUAAUGCGAAUGAUGAAGAAGUCCCAGAGCGACAAGAUCGCGGGAGUGAUGCCAUAAGGGGCAGAACCGAAUUUGAGAGAAGCUGGAGAAACGUACUAUCUCAUCAUCAGACCAGAUUAAACACACAGGCUGCUGAUAGGCACCCUCCUGAUCCCGAGAGUAGGUCUGAACGAACACUCUUCGAUAGAUAUCGUAUGGACAUGUUGGCUGAUCAUAGUUGGUCAAAUAGAACUGCGGGUGUUCGGCGAUAUAUUACAUCCUACCCCAUCGUAAGAGGUCCGCCUUCGGCGCGACGAGGUCCUUCCAGAAACUCGCCCCUCCGCAGAGAACGACUAGUAUCCGAAUCCAGCCAUCGAAGCUAUAUGAGUCAUCGUAAUCUGGAUCGAGAUUCUGCUAGUAGAAGACAGGAAUUUAAUAUUCCUGUCGUUCAAGUGAACAAUAUUCCAGUUAGUGACUUUAGUAGUUUACCAGGAGCACCACGCAGAGUACAGAGCACUCCUACUCCACCUCAUACACCACCGCCGUAUUUAAUCAAUAGCUUUUUAAACAACACCGAACGAAGCAAUAACAAUUACUUCAAUGAUCCAUCGGGUUCUAGCUCGUCGCAAACGUUCAGUAGCAGGACUCAGCAACUACGUCGAUGGUACGUUGCACAAACGGUUUGGAGAAGGUCUCGAUUGUUGCAUCCUAAUUUUGGCUACAAUGCAAGCAGUGGAAGUUCAGCUGUAGGUGGAGGAGGUCAAGAUCCAAUUAACGAUGGUAGCGACGAUAUUGAAUUUAGAGAUCACGUGCCGGUAAGUCCGUUAAUGGCAGCCUUCAAUUGUUUGGAAGUUCAAAGUCAUCGAGUACAAGCUUGGGAUUUCUCGGAGGGAGAAAUUCCAAAUAUCACUGACCCCGAUAAGAACGUUGUGGUACGGGAAUGCAAAAUUCAUAAUGAUGCUAGUGUAGACAUUUCGUCUGAUGGUAAAUUGUUGGCAACGCAUCUUCCAACUGGACGCGUCAAUACCACUACCAGAUUAGGAGUAUACAGUUUACAAUGGGAAACAUUGGGACAGAGGGUUUAUUCAACAAAGAUCGACCAGACAGUCGUUUCCGUAUCAAUGUCGCCAACUCGACAACAUCUCUUGGUUGGACUGGCAUCGAGAAGAACCAACGUAUCCGCUCGUCCCCUCCCGAUGGCUCAGAUUUACAAACUCGUAGACACAGAACCUGAGAUUGAGAAAAAAAUCCCGCAAGAUCUGGGUCCGAAGACCUACAAAUAUUUAAAUCUCUUCACUAUGCACGGUCACAGAGUCCCACUUGAUAACUAUCUAAAUAACACGAGGACAGGUGACGAUGACGAUCGCCAGAAUGAUCAAGAUUGGCGAAGUCCUGGCAUAAGAAGCGAGACCGAUGUCAAAGAUAACAAGAAGAGUAUGGUGCUUUUACGUGAAAUGGUAUGCAAUCGACAAACUACCGGGUAUGUUACAUUAAAUUGUAUUCGGUGGGCCCCGCAACCUGGGCAAGGAAUGGUUUACGCAACGAGCACGGGUCAACUGAGCAUCCUACAUUAAAACUUUAUAAUGGCAUAAGGGAGGUUACAUUUUUAUUCGUAUUGAAAUAUUUAGUUAAACGAACGGAUGAAGUAAAAGAAAUUAACGUUAGCGAUUGAGUAAAGAAAUUUUCUUAUCUUUAGACACGAAUACAUGUGAGAGAGUGGGUGUGAACGCGUUACAACUACAUAUGUAGGGUGUAAAUCAGCUUGACAAAGGAUAAUUGUUUUAAGCUACAUGGUCGUGUUUUUUAUACUUUUCUUGAUACGUUAAUAAAAUCGUACAUAAUGCGUAUUUUCGUGGGAAAGAAAUGAGCUGUGCCCUGCAGCUUACUUUCAAAAGGCGCUGUGAGUUUUAUUUUCAAUUAUGAAAUUGUAAAGGAGAUAGAUAGUUGUAACAAUAUGUUUGAAUCAUGUCGGGAUCUGUUUAAAACAAACGUAUCAUAGUUGUAACGUUGAGCAUCAUAAGGAAUGUUUCCGAAUCUUUAAUGCGCCGCAAUCAUUGCGUACGCGACAGAAAUUCAGGAAUUAAGUUUGUUUCCCGCGAUUCUUUUCAACGUAACUCAAAUAUCUACAUUGCUUUGUAAAGUUUCUGUACUUUGGAGAUAACUAAUGUGCCAAGUAAUGAAAUCUCAGUGUUUGUUUUUCUUGUUCCAAAUUCAUUGGUAACAAUUUACGUAUGAUGAGUUUUCAUCCGCUUCCAAAAUUAAGCUUUCUGAGUUUCAUUUGUAAAAACUGCUUUGAAGUAUGUUGUAUUUUUGUAGCAAUAGGUAACACAUAAAAUUUAAAAUUUUGAAAAACGCGCUUGCGGUAGCUGUGCACAUUUAAGCAACCUUGCUGAAUUCCUUAUCGACCAUCUGCAGAACACUAAAAAUUCUUAAGAGUUCACAACUCUUAUACAAUCAUCGGGAACCUAUCUAUUAAUAUAUAUAGUUUGUAAGAUUUGUAUGUGUAUUAUUUAAAAUGUAAUACUAUUUUUAAUACCAGACUGAAUUUCCAUUAAGAUCUGAGUAUUAUUUUUAGUAUUGAACGUUUUUUCGAAAAUGCAAGCGUGACGUCUGAGCGCACUUAAUAAAUUGAUUUUAGGGUGAGACCAUUUUUCGCCCGAUUGGUAAUAGUAAUGCUUUUCGGUAAAUGAACAUUGAAAUUUCUGCAAAAUAAUCAUUAAUCAUCCGAUAAUAAUCAAGAGUCUCAGUCUAUUCAUGUUACUAAUUGAAUUUACUCUUGAUGGCCAUCGUAAGAUGAGCAUUUGUUUUGUGCCAUUGAACUACUUUUUUAAGUUAGUUAAAAUUCUUAUUCAACAUUCAAUUUGUAUAUCGCAUAUCUAGCGAAAGUUAAGCGAUAUUGCGAAUUACUCUUAAAUCGAAACGUUAAUGUUAUAUAUGAAAUCGGCAGCCACGAUUAUAUGUAUAAUAUACAACAUGUAUGCACCAAGGAA